CAUUUUCGGAAGAGGAAAAGGUGGAGUGAUCGGAUAGAGAAUCCCGGGGCGUGGAGAGCUCCACCUCCUUCUAUCCUUGCACGGAGCUCAAGCUCUCGCCCGCAUGGCGCUCCUCCGCCUCCAGCACCACUGCUCCCUCCUCCAAGUCUCCACCUCCCACCUCCCAACCCUCCUCAGACCCCCGCGGAACCCUCGCAGGAGCCAACUCUCGCCGCCCAAUGCGGCCAGGACCACCUCCUCCUCCGUAACUCCCUCCCCCGCCGCGCGAAUCUUGGCGCGGAAUGCGGCGGCGCCGCCCUGGCGGGGCGAGCUCCUGCUCCUCCUCCCCGCGGCCGCCGCGUCCUGGCCGCUCCACUCCCUCGCGGCCGAGGCCGACGGCGGCGGCGGGAGCAAGGUGAGCCUCGAGUCCAUCGUGCUGGCCGUGGACGACUUCAACAACCGGAACCCCUUCUUCGUGGCCGGGGUGGUGUUCGUCUGGCUGGUGGUGCUCCCGCUGGCGCAGGACUACUUCAAGAAGUACAAGGCCGUGGGCGCCCUCGACGCCUUCCGCAAGCUCCGCGACGCGCCGGAGGCGCAGCUGCUGGACGUCAGGCGGGGCAACAGCGUGCGGUUCAUGGCGCCGCCCAACCUCAGGCUCGUCGAGAAGAGCGCCGUGCAGGUGGAGUUCGACGAGGAGGACGAGAAGGGGUUCCUCGGGGAGGUGCUCGCCAGGUUCCCGGACCCGGCCAACACCGUCGUCUGCGUGCUUGACAACUUUGAUGGUAAUUCAAUGAAAGUGGCUGAGCUCCUGUUCAACAAUGGUUUCAAAGAGGCAUAUGCAAUCAAAGGGGGACUGAGAGGCCCAGAUGGUUGGCAGGCAAUUCAAGAAAACUAUCUUCCGCCAUCUGUUCAUGUUUUUCCAAGGGAAAAGAAGAGCAAAACUUUAACGCACACUGAUGCGAGCACUGAAGGAACAGAUGAUCAGCCAGAGGGGAAUGGAGAACUAUUAACUUCUCCUAGCAGCACUUUAGUCAAUACAAGCAAUGGAACCAAGGAUGGUCAUGAAGAACUGAAUGGAAAUACUUUAGCCGCGAAGCAUCCAAGGAGACCAUUAUCACCUUAUGCAAAGGUAUGACCCCAUUGCCUUCCUACCU